GCUCAGCAGGGACACCAGAGUCGCCUCAAACCGAAACUCCCGCUCUUGCCCAUCACCAGCCAAUAGCAAGGCAGAGAUUAGUGAUUGACAGUGAAUAAGCCAAUGAGAAAGCAGUGUCAAAGCAUCCGCCUAUGUCGCACUUGAGCCAAUGAGAAUUAAAUCAAUUGUGACGGACAGGUUUGCAAGCCUAUUAAAUCUAAGAAUAGGCCUUAUGGGUGGGUCUCGCUCGCUGAUUGGUUUGGACAACGCGCAGACACGGAAGUGAAGCUUCUGAACGGGCAGGGCGCGAGUUGGGGCUGCGGGCGGGCGCCGAGGAGGGGCCGCCAUGUUGGGGGGGGCGGCAGGGCCGGUUUUGGGGACUGAGGGUACUUUGUGAUAAUUUGGGAAUCCCUGUGGGAAUUUCGAGAUUUCCUGGAGGGGCUUGGGAUCCUUGGGGGAUUUUGGGAUGGCCCUGGCGGGUUGGGGGUACUCCGGGACCCUCUUUUUAGGGAGCUGCGCUGGGGGUACCCUCACAACACCGCCCCAAUCUUCUCCCUCAGCUUCCUUUUCUUCGGGAUAUCCUUGGAUUCGCAGUUUCCCUGGAAUUCUCCUUGGUGGUUCUGCAUCCUGAGGGUGAAGCACAGAAAAACUCUCUAUAAUACACAAAGAAAGUUAUAAGAGUAGGGAUCCCCCCAAUUUCACCUAAUUCCCACAGGCCCCCAGAAUCCAUGGAUUCUCUCCUUCUCCUCUGCGCCCGCUGCAUCCUUGCCCAGCACCCUCUUCCCCACAUUCUCCCUGGUCUGUGUCCUGUCCUUUUCCAAUUGGCGUUCCUGGAUGGAAAACACUUAGUCCUGCGGGAUUUGGUGGCCGCUUGGCCUAUCCAAGUACUCAACUUCCAGCAGCUCAUGAGGCGCCGAGAGCUCCUCGGGGAUCAUCACUUCAUCGACUACAUCAAGGCCAUCAUCCAGGCCGUGGUGGCACAGCUCCGGCGGGAGCUGGAAGAGCCCGGCUGUGAUUUCAGCAAGCGCCGGCUGCGUGUGCUGGACAUGACCGGACUCCCGGAGUCCCUGUGCAGCUGCUCUCCAGAUGGGUUGACCGUCUGGUCCAGCACAAAGGCUUUGGCCAAGGCUUUUGCGGAGGUGUCCAAGCACCAGCAGGAUUUCCAGAGGCAUGAACCUAAGCGGCACAAAGGCCCCUCUGGAGCAGCCACGGCUGCUCAGCAGCCCCCAGGCGUGGACGUCCACGCCAACCUUUAUGUCAGGAAAGAUUCCUACAGGAUGCUGUGUAACGCGCUCCAGACCAGAGCCGCCAGCCCGCUGCACCUCAAGUGCCACGAAUUCUACGCGGAGAACAUCUCAGCACUGAAGAUUGUGAUUUUGUUGGAAUGUCUGUAUCCAUCUUUUCUGCGGAGGGUGGAACUGUGGUACAACAAUUUUGGAUUGACUGAGCUCCUGCUGAUCCUGCCACACCUUUCCCGCUUCCCGGAGCUGCGCAGCCUCAAGCUCCUGGACUUCAGCAUGAACAUGCGGCACCUGACGCCAGACCUAGCCAUAGUAAUCCGUUGCGUGGCCAGGCAUCUGGGAAUGCUGCCCAGCCUCCGGGAGCUCAGCCUGGGAUCUUCACAGCUCUCCGGGAAUCUGCGCCAGAUCCUCUGCAACCUUCAGUCUCCAUUGGAAAGCUUGGAAUUGGGCUACUGCUCCCUGGUUCCUGACGACCUCGCCUUCCUCUCCCAAAGCAUCCAUGCUCCAGCCCUCAAAAAGUUGGAUCUCACUGGCAACAACAUAUACCAAGGCCUCCUGGAGCCGCUCCAGCUGCUCCUGAAAAAAACCUCGGCCUCGCUGCUGCACCUGGAUCUCAGUAAUUGUGACAUGGCCGACUCCCAGGUGGAUGUGCUGCUCCCAACACUCCUGUGCUGCUCCCGCCUGCGCUUCCUGGGACUCCACGGCAAUUCCCUGUCCACGGCCACAAUCAAGGAUCUGCUCCAGAAAACCUUGGAGCUGCCAGAUCUCCACCUGCUCGUGUAUCCUUACCCCAGGGAUUGCUACAAGGAGCCCCUGCCAGAAAACAACUGGGAUUGUGGAAUGGAUGAUGAGCUUUUGGCAGCGGCAACACUGGAGUUUUCCCAAAUCCUGGCGAAUUCUGGGAGAACUGACCUCGUCUGGACUUACAAUCCCUACGGUCACAAAGACCUGGACUACUUCUCCAUGUGAUUUGGGAAAAGCUCAGAGCUGGGAAAUUCUCGGAGCCUCCAUUGCAGAAAAGCAUCACAGCCUCGUUCCCAAAAUCCUGGUGAUUCUGCCUUAUCCCAGUGCCUUUCUGUCUCAUUCCAGCGGUUUUUUCCUUUUAUUUCGAUGUUUUUCUGCUGGUUUUUUUAGUUUUCUGUCACAUCCCGAUGCUUUUCUACCCCAUCAUUUGAGAUUUUCCCUGAUUUUGUAGUUUUUUCUGCCAUGUUUUAACGUUUUUUUUCCUUAAGUACUGUCAUUCUCAGUUUGACAUUUAUGGCAAACCUUUAUCGUUAAACUUGGAAAAAAGCCUGGGCCACCGUGCCUUGACAGAAGUAGUGGUACCCAAUCAAAUGGUUCUGGUACCUCAGUCACUUAUCCCUCAGUCAACAAUUCCUCAGAUGGUUCCAGCUCAAUCCUCUGAGGUGCAAGGUUGGAAUUGGCCUCCUCAAAAUUGAUACAUCUUUCAAAUAAUUUUUGUUAUGAAAACAUUCCUGAUGGAAAUAUUGAGUCUUUUCAACAAAGACAAGAUUUUUUGAUUAUAGGCAAGGCCAGCAACAAAAUUUUUGGACUUCCAGUCCUUCCAGCUGUUGCUUCAGUAAAUUGUAAGGACGAGCUAAUGAUUUUAACUCUUGCAUUUAAUGUUCCUAUGGUAAUUCCACCAAAAACACCUACAGCUGUUGUAUUUCUUUUACCCAUGAAUACACCCAAGCAAAACUUUCCAGAGCAUCCAGUUAUGUCUGUGCCAUUUGGAACCUCAGGCCCUGAGGUCUUUUAGGUGCAAUAUUUAGACUACAACCAACCAAAAUUGACUUGCAGCCUGACUCGCCAUGGUAAAUCAAUUUCAUUACAGGCAUGCCGGAUACCAGUACCAAUGUCACUGGAAUUUCUCACAUGUUUUGGCCCACCCACUGGGCUUUGGUAGCUCCUGCAGGUUCCCUCACAGGGGUUGGAGGUGCUAUGGUGUGUUUGCAAAGUGCAUCUAUGAUUAACAUUACAGGUCCUGAAGGACAGACAGCGACAGUACGUCCUUUUGUUGUUCAGAGGCCUUUCACAGUCUGGGGGAGAGACGUCCUGUCCCAAUGAGGAGCAAGACUGGAAGUAGGCCUGUGAUGGAAAUCACGUCAUAACCUGCCAUUUUAAGGCUGAACUGGAAAACUGAUUGUAUUGUAUGGAUUGAUCAAUGGCCUUAAACCACCUUAUUUUGAGUAUUUUCCACCUAAUUCUGGUGGUUUUCCACCUCAUUCAGAGUUUUUUUUUCACUUUUUACUGCUGUUUUCCUGUGGGAAUCCUUAAAAUCAGAAUUUUGGGAAAGCUGCAAAAAAGCAGGGCUCAGAGACAACAGAACUGCAAUUAGAGCUAAGCUGAAAGCAUAAGGCAUGUCAACAGAAAAGUUCUAUGAGAUGUAGAAAGCAAGGACAAAUAGAACAAUGAUCUGUGAAUUAACGCUUGGCUAGAAUAACUCUCUAAGCUGCAGAAAAGUAUAUUUAGGAAGAUAUUAGUAGGUCUAAGCUUAAUAAUGGAGCUCAGUGCAUUGUAUUUUAAGGCUUACAAGCAGGUACUGUAUUUGAAAGAAGCAAGCAUUGAUUUAACCAAAGGUAUGUGUACUUACAGUGGUUGGAUAGAACUACUGUCAAUGUCCUUUUGCUUUUGUGAUUGGUCAAAAAACUUUCAAAGCGCCUUGUAACAUCACAUUCUCUGGCUGUUGCCAAGGACAUGAGCUGCUGGCAUCUUCCCUCUGUCCCAUCCAUGUAAUGAGUCUGAUGGUUGGGUAGGAAAAACAAAUAAUAAAGAAGCUCGAGAUGCGUUCCACAG